AUGCAGAGCGGCCGCUUCGGCAUGCGCGGCGAGCGGCGUAACCCGUUAGUAAAGCAAUUAGUAUUGGAGAAUGAUCGUCCAGCAAAAAUCAGCCAUUUGAACUUUGGACUUCUCUCAAGUGUUGAUAUGAUGCGAAUGUCAGAAUUACGUGUGCAGUCUAAAGACCUUUUUCAAGUACAAACACGCGAACCACAAAUUGAUGGCGUAUUGGACAAGCGUCUUGGUGUGUCAAACAAAAGUGACAUUUGUGAAACUUGUCAUCUUAAGCUAUCAGAUUGUGUUGGUCACUUUGGUUACAUUCAACUCGAGUUACCAGUAUUCCACAUUGGUUACUUUAAAGCUAUUACUGAGAUUCUGCAGACUAUUUGUAAGAGCUGCAGUCGUGUGUUAUUACCACCAAGUGAUCGUGAAGUAUUUCUACGACGCAUGCGAGAACCAAAAGCCGAUGUUUUGCGACUUGUUGCUCUUCGUAAGAAAAUAGUAUUAAUGUGCAAGAAAGCUGUCAAGUGUCCAUAUUGUGGAGCAAUCAAUGGCACUGUGCGUAAGGUCACAAGUACGACACUUAAAUUGGUGCAUGAAAAGUAUCGUGCAAAGGCAAUGCAUGACUUGCGAAAUGUCUUUGUAGCACAAUUUGCGGAAGCUCAAGCUAGUAAUCCUGAAAUUGGAACUCAUUUGUCAAAAGCUCAAGAAGAUUUGAGUCCACUUGUGGUACAACAGCUUUUUAAAGAUAUUCCUGAUCAAGAUUGUGACUUAUUGUGGGUCGAUGCAGAUGGAGGGCGACCUGAAAAGCUUCUUUUAAAUGCAGUUCUCGUCCCACCUGUUUGUAUUCGUCCAUCUGUGGCCAUGGAUGGAGGUACAGGAAGUAAUGAAGACGAUCUGACUGUUAAACUUCAAGAGAUUGUUCAAGUGAAUAGUGCGCUUCGUGCAGCUUUACAGAAGGGUGCAUCAUUGAAAAUGGUGAUGGAAGAUUGGGAUUUCUUGCAGAUUCAAGUGGCUCAAUUCAUGAAUGGAGAUACUCCUGGUUUAGUGAAGCCACCUGGAUCCAAGACUGGGAUUCGUGGUCUAUGUCAACGGCUCAAAGGAAAACAAGGUCGAUUUCGUGGAAACCUCUCAGGCAAGCGCGUGGACUUUUCAGGUCGAACCGUAAUUUCUCCUGAUCCAAACCUUCGAAUCGAUCAAGUUGGUGUGCCAGAACAUGUGGCUAAAACCAUGACGUAUCCCGAAAAAGUGACUCGAUACAACCUGCAAAAGUUACGCCGUUGUGUACUCAACGGACCAAAAGUACAUCCAGGUGCGAAUGUUAUUCGUAUCGAAGGACAAAAUUUCACGAAAAAUCUACUCUAUGGUGAUCGUACAAGUUUGGCCGAGGAAUUGAAAAUUGGAGAUAUUGUUGAACGACACAUGGAAGACGGAGAUAUUGUGCUUUUUAAUCGUCAGCCUUCGCUUCACAAGAUGUCAAUUAUGUCGCAUCGAGUCAAAGUUAUGCCGUGGCGAACAUUUCGCUUUAAUGAAUGUGUGUGCUCUCCAUACAAUGCCGAUUUUGAUGGCGAUGAAAUGAACAUGCAUCUCCCACAGACGGAAGAAGCUCGCACUGAAGCCAUUACGCUUAUGGGUGUGGAACAAAAUCUUAUUACUCCUCGCAACGGCGAACCACUUGUUGCAGCCACACAAGAUUUUCUUACGGCUUCGUACUUACUCACACAAAAGAAUAUUUUUUUUAAUCAUGAACAAUUUUGUCAAGUUCUUUCGAUUAUGAGUGACGCAAAUGAACAUAUCGAGUUACCAGCUCCAGCGAUUGUAUUACCAGUACGUUUAUGGACGGGAAAACAAGUCGUGAGUCUGUUGAUCAAACCGAAUCGUGACACAAAAGUUUUGGUGAAUCUCGAGUUGAAAGAGCGUAACUAUACAAACAACAAAUUUAUGUGCUGGAAAGAUGGAUACGUGUGUUUCCGUAACAGCGAGUUGAUCUGUGGGAAUUUGGGCAAAAAAACGCUUGGAGAUGGCAGUAAACAAGGUCUUUUCUACGUUUUGAUCCGAGAUCAUGGCGCUCACGAAGCUGCUCGCUGUAUGAAUCGCUUAGCAAAGCUAUGUGCACGGUGGUUGGGCAAUUUUAAAGGUUUUUCUAUUGGAAUCGAUGACGUCACGCCGUCUGAGGAACUUGCUCGAGAGAAGGAAAAGCUCUUACAGGCAGGUUACGAUGCUGCAAAUAAGUCAAUUGAGGACUAUCGACGUGGAAAGUUGUCGUUAAAACCUGGAUGUAAUGCCAUUCAGUCACUAGAAAGCGAGCUAAAUGGUUUGUUAGGAAAGCUUCGUGAGACAGCAGGUGCCGAGUGCAUGCGUACACUUCCGUUUCAUAAUAAUCCACGUAUCAUGGCUGAAUGUGGUUCAAAAGGAAGUGCGCUUAACAUUUCACAGAUGAUGGCAUGUGUUGGGCAGCAAUCAGUCAGUGGUAAACGUGUACCUGAAGGAUUUGUAAAUCGUACACUACCGCACUUUAUGCCUCAUGCACUCCAUGCAAGUGCGAAAGGAUUUGUUGCGAAUUCAUUUUACAGUGGACUCACAGCGACCGAGUUUUUUUUUCAUACAAUGGGUGGACGAGAAGGUCUUGUUGAUACAGCGGUCAAGACGGCCGAGACGGGAUACAUGGCUCGUCGUUUAAUGAAAGCACUUGAAGAUCUAUCGUGUCAGUACGACGAAACUGUACGAAACUCAGAAGGUUCGGUCGUCCAGUUUACCUACGGAGAUGAUGGUCUGAAUCCAGCGUAUAUGGAAGGAGACGACCGACCUGUGGAUUUUCACCGUCUGCUUGAGCACAUUCGUAAUACCUUGCCGGAUCGCGAGUCACCAGCACUACUUCCAUUUGAGCUUCGUCGUCUUGGCAAGGAAGUAGUCCAGCGUCCAGAAUUUCAAGCAAUCUUACCAACUGGACGCAAGUUUUUGAUUGAGAUUGAAGAGUUUCUAGGGGCAGUUGCAACAAACAUUGCAUCAAAUCGUACGGGCUGUGGAAUUAAAUCCAUGGACAAGAAGGUCAAAUCUUACGCUCAAACAUUAGAAAAGAUUUUCGAUGAAGCGGUUGGCGUGGGUGCGCCAAAGCUCGAAUCUGAACGAUUGAAGAAAGAAGUGAUUACUACAAAGGUCGAAAAAGGGGCUAAGCUGCUCAUGAAAGGUGAGAAUGACAUUGACUCGGAUAAUGACACGGAGGAGUCAGAUGAAGACUUGAAAAAGGACAUUUUAAGCUACAAGGAGAAAGACCUGGACAAAGUGGGAUUACCGGAAUGGGAACAUGCACGCUUUAAGACAGCCACAUCUCGUGCCGAAUGGAGCAAAUAUGCCGGUCUUGAAGGUACUAAAGAAAAAGAAGAAGCAGCAUGGCUGCUUUCGCACAAUGUAUGUCGAAUUACGACGAAACAGGUUGAAAAGUUAUUAGAAAUCUCAUUGUACAAGUACAAUCGUGCAGGAAUAGAGCCUGGCGAAGCUGUAGGUGCUAUAGGUGCUCAGUCAAUCUCAGAACCAGGUACACAAAUGACUCUCAAAACAUUUCACUUUGCUGGUGUCGCCAGUAUGAACGUCACAUUGGGUGUGCCACGAUUGAAGGAGAUAAUUAAUGCGUCCAAAAUCAUCAGUACCCCCAUUAUCACAGCUGCGUUGGUUUGCAAGACAGACGAGCGCUCCGCUCGGAUUGUCAAGGGUCAAAUUGAGAAAACCACGCUUGGUGAAAUUGCUAUCUACAUAAAGGAAGUGUUUGCACGCGAUCAGGCAUAUCUUUCUGUUAAGCUGGACUUGAGAGCGAUUGAGCAGCUACAUUUGAAUAUAACAGCACGAUCUGUACGCACGAGUAUCUUGAACGCAGUUGGUAUCGGUCCUCGUGGCGUUCUUCGACUCUUAAAAGAGCAACACGUGCUAUUGAACGCACGAUGUCCUGAUAAGUUGCGAUUGCUAGCGCCAUCAAAUUACAAAGGAGCCAAAGGCGACACACGCGGUGCGUACUUUACGCUCCAAGCGCUGAAGUCUGAAUUACCAAAUGUGAUCGUUCAGGGUAUAUCAACAGUUAAUCGUGCAGUGAUUAAUUAUGAAGAAGUACAGGACGCGAACGCAGCGAAGUCGCUGCACUUGUUAGUUGAAGGAUACGGUCUUGCUGAAGUCAUGGGAACUCCAGGUGUGGAUGGUCUGCAUACGACAUCAAAUCACGUGAUCGAAGUGGAAAAAACUCUCGGAAUUGAGGCAGCACGGGAACUUAUCAGCUCGGAGGUGAAUUAUAUUAUGAGUGCGUACGGUAUUGGUAUUGACCGACGUCACUUAAUGCUACUAUCGGAUAUCAUGACAUUUAAAGGAGAAGUUUUGGGGAUUACACGCUUUGGAAUUGCCAAAAUGAAAGAGAGUGUUCUCAUGUUAGCAUCGUUCGAAAAGACGACGGAUCAUUUGUUUGACGCAGCAGUGCACUCACGUACAGAUGCGAUUGUUGGUGUAAGUGAGUGUAUUAUUAUGGGCGUGCCUGUGCCGCUCGGUACGGGGAUCUUUAAACUACUGCGUCAGGUUGACAAACCACAUGUUCAGCAACGACGACCACUUUUAGCUGGGAUGUAG